AUGGCCACGGCGGCGGUGCACCCGUGGAGCGGCUACUGCGCCGCGACGGGCGCGUUCCGGAGCAAGCGCGCGGAGGUGCCGCUCCCGGCGGACCGGGACCUGGACGUGGUCACCUUCCUCGCCUCCCGCCGCCACUCGGGCGUCGUCGCGCUCGUCGACGCCUCCACGGGCCGCCGCACCACCUUCGCCGAGCUCUGGCGCGCCGUAGCCGGCGCCGCCACCGCGCUCGCCGCGCCGCCCUUCGGCCUCCGCAAGGGCCACGUCGCGCUCAUCCUCUCCCCCAACUCGGUCCACUUCCCCGUCGCCGCGCUCGCCGCCAUGUCGCUCGGCGCCGUCGUCACCACCGCCAACCCGCUCAACACCGCCGGCGUCGUCGCCACGCACCGGAACCUCAUCUCCAUGGUGCAGAUCGUCAUGAACCGCUUCCGCCUCGAGGACUCGGACACCACGGAGACGUUCCUCUGCACGGUGCCCAUGUUCCACGUAUACGGCCUCGUCGCCUUCGCCACCGGCCUGCUCGGCUGCGGCGCCACCAUCGUCGUGCUCUCCAAGUUCGAGCUCCCCGAGAUGCUGCGCUGCAUCAGCGCCUACGGGGUCACCUACCUGCCGCUUGUGCCGCCCAUCCUCGUCGCCAUGGUCGCGCACCCCAAGCCGCUGCCGCUCGGGAACCUGCGCAAGGUGCUCUCCGGCGGCGCGCCGCUCAGCAAGGAGCUCAUCGAAGGCUUCAGGGAGAAGUACCCGCAGGUGGAGAUCUUGCAGGGGUACGGGCUGACGGAGAGCACGGCCAUCGGCGCGUCCACGGACUCGGCCGAGGAGAGCCGCCGGUACGGGACGGCUGGCCUCCUGUCGCCCAACACCGAGGCCAAGAUCGUCGACCCAGAGACCGGCGAGGCGCUGCCCGUGAACCGCACCGGCGAGCUCUGGAUCCGGGGACCCUACGUCAUGAAAGGAUACUUCAACAACACGGAGGCAACACAGUCGACGGUGACGCCCGACGGAUGGCUCAAGACCGGAGACCUCUGUUACAUAGACGAGGAUGGCUAUCUCUUCGUGGUGGACCGUCUGAAAGAGUUGAUCAAAUACAAAGGCUAUCAGGUGCCUCCGGCGGAGUUGGAAGCUCUUCUGCUGACUCAUCCAGAGGUUUCGGACGUCGCUGUUAUUCCAUUUCCGGACAGGGAUGUCGGUCAGUUCCCGAUGGCCUAUGUCGUGAGGAAGAAAGGGAGCAACCUGUCGGCCCAGGAGGUGAUGGAGUUUGUGGCGAAACAGGUAGCACCUUACAAGAAGGUCAGGAAGGUGGCGUUCGUGACGGACAUCCCCAAGAACGCGUCUGGCAAGAUACUGAGGAAGGAUCUUAUCAAGCUCGCGACGUCCAAACUCUGA